GGAAGGAGGGGAGAAAGGAAGGGACAGGAGGAAAGGAGGGAGGGGAGGAAGAAAGGAAGGAAAGGAGAGAGGGAAGGAAAGGAGGGGAGGAAGGGAAGAAGGAAGGCAGGAGGGAGGGAAGGAAGAAGCCCCCAACUACAAGCUUCAUUCGUUGGAUUUCUAGCUCUACCCAAAUCGGACUUUGUUUUCUCCAUUCCGAUUCCCACUCCCGAUCACUUUGACAGCUAAGCUCAGACAAGACUUCCUCGCCGUCCCCUUCCCUCCCCAAGCCUUGGAGCUACACUUCCCAGAAGCACUUUUCAUGAAGGGAGCUGAAUGAAGCCCACCGGGUUCUUAAGCUUCUGAUGAUGACCUGGACAAUGACACUGACACAAUUCCGAUGGCCCUGCGAUCCCUGCGAGCCAGUCAUUCAGCUGGGAGCCCUAGCCCAGGAUUCAUCUAAAAGCCCCUGCAGAAGAGGAAGAGGCUGAGAACCCCCGGAACUAGAGCCCGGGCCAGGAGAAGGGGGUGGGGGCGUCGGAUCACCGCCCCCACAGGCCACGCCCCCACCGGAAGCCGCGUCCCGUGAGCCCCGAGAGUUGAGCUGGGGAAAAAGACUACUAUUCUCUGUCUGCUCGAAGCAAGAUCUCGCACGCGCAAUCUAGGUUGUUUAGGAACCACAGACCCCGUCAGCCUCACACAAUGACACGAUUCCCGAGAUCCGGCCUCAGUCAGGAAGUGUUCUCCCUCUUCCGCCCUGCUCCGGUAGCACUUCCGGCGACGCUCUGGGAAGCCGGGGAGAUUCGGUGUCUCUGUAACCCGUCUCGUGGUCUGAAGGACACUGGGAGCGAACGGACCCUAAAAAGAAGAGCAGGAGGAAGUGAUGCUGGCGCAAGGUUUUGGGCGAAGAUAUAUGAAGGCCUUCUUAAAAGGUUUCUUUGUUGCUGUGCCUGUAACAGUAACUUUCUUAGAUCAAGUGGCCUGUGUAGCAAGAGUGGAAGGAGCUUCCAUGCAGCCUUCUUUGAAUCCUGGGGGGAGCCAUUCAUCUGAUGUAGUGCUUUUGAAUCACUGGAAAGUUAGGAAUUACGAAGUACAGCGUGGUGAUAUUGUGUCACUGGUAUCUCCCAAAAACCCAGAGCAGAAGAUCAUUAAAAGAGUGAUUGCUCUUGAAGGAGACAUUAUUAAAACAAUAGGGCAUAAGAAUAGGUAUGUGAAAGUCCCACGUGGCCACAUGUGGGUGGAAGGUGAUCACCAUGGACACAGUUUUGACAGUAAUGCUUUUGGGCCAGUUUCCCUUGGACUUCUGCAUGCCCAUGCCACCCAUAUUCUGUGGCCUCCAGAGCGCUGGCAGCGUUUGGAAUCUGUUCUCCCUCCAGAGCGUGCUCCAGUUCAGACUGAAGAGAAGUGACCUCCUUGCAUCUGCAUGGCUUCUUUGGCUUAGGAAGACAAUAUUAAAAUAAAUGGAAGGCAGAGAAAAAGAACUGUAAAAGGCAGGCCACGUGUUGGUUGAGGCUACAAAUGGAGUAUUCAUAUAUCCUAUGGUUUUAUAUUGAAGCAAAAGUUUUUUUUUCCCAGAUGAAACUAUUGUAUGUUACAUAAUAUUUUGUCUGGAGUACUUGUACUACAGCAUAAAAGGUCUUGAUAGCAUAGUACCAAAAAAAAAAAAAAAUGUGAUUGUUUCAGGGCUUUUCCAUAUGUCAUAUAGGAUUAAAUUGUUGGGUAUACUUUUUUCUUAAUUUGUUGAUUCUUUAUUUUUUUAAUUAGGGUUUUGCUGAUAAAGGUUGAUUGUUUAUUUUUUUAAUUAGGAUUUUGCUGAUAAAGGUUGAUUGUUUAUUUUUUUAAUUAGGGUUUAGCUGAUAAAAGUUCCUGAACUGUAAAGCUUGAUGAAAACAUGUUCAUCAAAUAAAUAAUUCAUGCAUAAUUUAGCUUGAAUGUGAAGAAAUAGUGACACAGAUGAAGUGUGAUUUUAAUUGCCAGCAUUCAUUGGUUAGAAAACAAAUAGUGAACUUUGACAUAUGAUUCCUUUUUUAAAAGGAAAAAGGGAGAUGUCAGUCCUAAAAAGACAUAUUGAUAUACAGCAAACUGUCCCCAAGAAAAUGUUUUUUAAAAAUCUAGAGUGCUCUGUUGGAAGUGGGGAAAAUUUUAUUUGGAAAUAAAGGUGAUGUUUUUAAAGAUA